UCUACAAUCGCAAACAGCAGUACUGCAGCCCUGAUGGGAAAUUAAAAACUUGCCUUCCAGAAUUUAUUUACCCACAAAGGAAGUCAAGGAACAGCCAAGGAAUGCGAUUGUCUGCCGAGGCAUUAUUUAUCACAAUGUGUCCACAAGUGACUUCGAAUGUUGUGGUGAAUUACUUUUCCACAAAAACGACGAGAACAAUCAUUGUAAAGGGUUCUGUGGUAACAAGACCUACAACACUGACAAUCAGAUGUGCUGUGAAGAUAAGAUUUCCGACAGCCCUGAUCCAGACAUGAAAUGCUGCAAGGAUGUCCUCAUUAACACAGAUACACAUGACUGCUGCAACAGCAGUGUACCAGUCCACAAGAAGGAUGGCUUUUUCUGCUGCGCAGAAGUCAAUGUCUACCACAAUGCCACUAUGACCUGCGACGAGAUCUCAGGAAAGGUCCAUCUCAGGCCGUCGUUUUUCAACAUGUUUUUCAACCCCGCUGACUUAUGCACGCUGGAAGCAGGAUGGCGACCACUCACUUUUAAUGAUUUUCUUGGCAUCACCAUCACAGGUAUGGUAGAUUCGUGUAACAUCAAGAGCAGGAGAAGGGAACUUAUCAUACCCCUGUCGCCGUUCUCAGUCACUUCAAAUGGCCUGCCGGUGAACCUGGAAGGUGACGAGAACGUUUUUAAGGUUCGUGUGCGCUUUAACAAAAAAUGCCACGAUCGUAUAUCCGCUCUCAUGAGCUCCCUGAAGAAAAAAGCCCUCGUCGUCCAUACAACAAACACAUCGUUUCUAUCAAAGAGAAAACCUGAACUACUCAUCCAGCGAGGGGAAAAAAGCUUUGUAUCUCUGCGCGAAGCAAAGCUGGACAUCGUUCAGGCACAGUCAAUCUUGUUAUCUAUGAAGAGGAGCUAAUUUAGAGACAGUUUAAAGGAAUGGUUGUUUAUUUAUUUCUAAAAGAUCACUUACUAUCAGUGUCAAUGGGCCUCUUCACUUUACUCGGCACACGGAUUAGCUUUGUAUCAAGCAUGCAAGUUAAUUUAUUUUAAAAAUUUAACAACGCUUCAACGGAAAUGUUCGCCGAGACACUUGUUUUAUAAUCAAAGGAAGUGCAUGCACUUGUUUUUUUUUACCUGCCAAAGUCGUGCAUGUUGAUUAUAUUUCUAGAAAGAUCUAUUUUCCUCCUCCAACUUCCUCACUUAUUUUUCUUACUUUCUUUCCUUUUUGAAUUUGUUUGCUGUAAGUAUAAACAGCGUGGACCUGUGGAAAUAACUUACAGCUCGACCAGGUCACAGGCGAGUGUGUAAAAUACACACAUCCGGGUAACACACGUUGUUCAUC